UAUAGAGAAGUGGUUUAACAACUUAAAUAAAUUUGUAUAAUACUUUUAACUUUAGAAUUGAUUAAAAUUAAGGAAUUAAUGGGAUAGGUAGAGGAGAAUACAAAUAGAAAGCAUGGAAAAUAUAGAUCACGUGUAUGUACACACGUGAGCUUGUGUGUUUCCAAGUGUUGAGGAAAACAAACUGUCACUCGUUCUCUUUCUCGAUCCUCUUAUUGUUUAAAAAAAAAAACUACGUUAACAUCUUUUUAGGAAAACGGUAAACACUGAUGAUGUUCAAUCUGUUUUAGUAGCGGCAACGCCAGUGGAUGUAUGGACGAUGUUCCUUAACCUUGUAUGCAUGUUUAUAGCAUUAUAAAUAAUCGUUGAAGUUUGUAAAUUACUAACAAAUAUGAUAUUUAUUCUAUAAACGUUUUGUCUAAUCAAACAUGUCGACCGAGGAAGGAACUCGCAACGCAACUUUGCAGCCUCUGCAAGAGAAUAACCAAUCCGUAAGCAGUAGUUCGCAACACGCAGGGAACAGUAGGGAAUCGAACGGUGCCAGACCCCAGGAGCAAAGCAGUCGACAAAAUAAUCUCCAAAGGAUACAACAGAGGAAGCAACAGAUGUUGAAUUUACCCCAAAUGAAGAAAAUAUUGAAAAUCGCGACUUACAGCGCGUGCAAAGUCGACGAGUGCAAAUGCGUCGGAUGGAAGAAUCCACAGUUACUGAUCAAGUCACCGAAAAGCGACACGCAACCGAUUAUAAACUUUUUCGAUCCAUGCAAAAGCUGCACGCACGUUUUAGAGAAUCAUGUGUCUCACCUGACCAAUCAGUCGGAGGAUGAGAUCAAUAAAUUGCUAUGCAUGGUCAUAGACGCGGACAAUAUCUUUCUGGGAUUGCAAAAAGAGGAGGAUCCGGAUACAAAGAAAGUAUAUUUUUACUUGUGUAAACUUUUAAGGAAAUGUAUACAGUCGGUGACGAAACCUACGAUAGAAGGUCCUCUCGGGCAACCGCCGUUCGAAAGACCUAGCAUAGCAAAAGCAGUAAUGAACUUUGUCGCGUACAAAUAUGGCCAUUUACCGCAGAGGGACAUGCAAGCUAUGUGCGACAUGGCUAAGAUGUUCCUGCACUGUUUAAACCAUUGGAACUUCGACCCUCUGAGCGCCAGGAGAGGCACAAUUAGCGUGGAAGACGCUCCUGCUUAUAAAAUCAAUCAUACGCGAUGGCUGGUAUUUUGCCACAUACCAGCGUUCUGUGACUCUCUGCCCCAUUACGAUACUUCAUUAGUUUUCGGACGGACAUUCGUUCAAGCUAUUUUCAAACCAGUAUCCAGACAAUUACUGGACAAAUGUCACAGCGAGCGAGACAAAUUAGCCCCGGAAAAGAGAGUGAUAGUAUUGACGCAUUUCCCAAAAUUCCUCUCGAUGCUGGAGGCAGAAAUUUACUCGGACAAUUCACCGAUCUGGGAUCCCGAUUUCAAGCAGGUGCCCCCCACUUAUUUGCAGACUGCGUUGGAAUCAAAAUCGAAUCAAGGGAGAAGAACAGGGGAGUUCGAGAAAGUUACGGUCACUCCGAACGACAAAGAUAAUUACACGACGAUCAAUAUAAGUCCGGGCAUGAAAAAGAUUCACGAGAAAAGGUCGCAUUCCGAGGGACGUUCGGACGUGAAGAGAAGAAAAACCGAGGAAGUAUUUGAGGAUUUGCCCGAGGAGACUGUUGCUGAAAUCGUGGCGACUAUCAACGACCCUAAUUACAUGUGUGGACCCGAUGCAGUAUUCCCACCGAACGUACCGCGAGACGAAACUGCCAAGAUCGAGGAGAGUAGAAAAAUUAUAGAAUUUCACGUUGUUGGGAACAGUCUGACACAGCCGGUUUCUAAACAAACGAUGCUUUGGUUAAUCGGAUUGCACAACGUGUUCAGCCAUCAGUUGCCUAGAAUGCCAAAAGAGUACAUAUCGCAACUAGUUUUUGAUCCUAAACACAAAACAUUGGCCUUGAUCAAAGAUGGCCGACCAAUCGGUGGCAUCUGUUUCCGAAUGUUUCCGACACAGGGCUUCACAGAAAUAGUAUUCUGCGCGGUUACCAGUCAAGAACAAGUAAAAGGCUACGGUACACACUUGAUGAACAUGCUAAAAGACUAUCACAUAAAGAGCAAUAUAUUACAUUUCCUCACGUUCGCGGACGAGUUCGCGAUCGGAUAUUUUAAAAAGCAAGGCUUCAGCAAGGAUAUCAAAUUACCACGAUCUAUGCAUCAGGGAUAUAUCAAGGAUUACGAGGGAGCAACGUUGAUGCAUUGCGAAUUGAAUGCUAAAAUUGUAUAUACAGAGUUCACCGCGGUCAUACGAAAACAGAAGGAGAUUAUUAAAAAAUUGAUACACCAGAGACAGCAAGAGAUACAAAAGGUUCAUCCUGGCUUAACGUGCUUCAAAGAAGGCGUUAGAGGGAUUCCUGUCGAAUCUAUUCCUGGUAUUCGAGAGACCGGCUGGAAGAGUUAUGCUCAAACGAGAACGAGAGGCGUAGCUAAAGGCACACCAGGCCCAGAACCGAUGGAAGCGUGCUUGGAUAUUACGGACUCGUUGUACAAUGCUUUGAAGAAUGUUUUGAACAGCGUUAAGAAUCAUAGUACAGCCUGGCCGUUUUUAAAGCCUGUCGACAAAAACGAUGUCCCGGAUUAUUACGAUCAUAUUAAAUACCCCAUGGAUCUGAAGACUAUGACCGAUCGACUGAAGGCACGGUACUAUGUUACAAGGAGAUUAUUUAUCGCAGACAUGACACGGAUUUUUACAAAUUGUCGCUUGUAUAAUAGCCCCGACACCGAAUACUACCGAUGCGCCAACGCUUUGGAGAAAUAUUUCCAAACGAGAAUGAAAGAAAUUGGCCUGUGGGAUAAAUAGAAUUAAUUAUUUACCUUACAG